AUGGUGCUGAUUCCCAGCUGCUUUGGUCCAGAAGCGCUGCAGGUGCCAAAGCCCAGAUUCCUGACCACGGCCAGGGGCGAUGGAUCGAAUAGGUCCACCACUGCCCACAGCAAUGGUGACAGCACCGAAACGGAGGAAACGGAGGAUGCCAGUCAGCUGCGGGAAAGGCUAGAGCAGCUGAGAGGUGUGCAACAGCUGUGCCUGGUAAUACUGGCAGAGUACCUUCACUAUACGAAUUCCUGGAAUGCUUUGCAAAACAGCUUGGCAGCUGCCGGGGAUGGCGCGUUGAGCACUCACCUGCAGAUGCCCCGUCGCACAGAGACGCCGCAGGAGGCAACACCUUUCGCCUACAAGCACCCCUCGGUGACCCGCGAGCUUGCCGCGAGCAUUGUGCGCCAGCCUGGCAUGGCCGGCCUGGCAAGCCGAGGAGAUGAGCUGGGUGUGUUGCCCUUCACACCUUGGAUUGCAAAGCAUUGGCAAUGUCUCUCCAUGUACCAUGGGGGCAACCUGGGGCAGGAGCUCCCAGGUGCUCCCAGGCCGGCUGCAGCCAUGGCGCAAGAGCCAAUGAAGCUCUACUACUUUCCAUUGAUGGCCAAAGGGCUGGGGCCGGCUCUGGUUGCGGAGCUGUCGGGCCUGCCAUGGCUGGGGCCAAAGGACUUGGGCUUUACUCGUGAUGACUGGCCCAAGUUGAAGGAGUCUGGGAAAUGUGCCUUUGGCCAACUGCCUUUGCUGGAAGCUUCAUCGAUUCGCAUCUCCCAGUGCAUCGCCAUUGUGAACUACAUUGGCAAAGUCUCCGGGCUGGAAGGUGCUUCAGUGGAAGACUUUGCCAUGUCUCAAUCGCUGCUGGCAGAGGGUGAGGACCUCUAUAUCGCCAUGCAGAAAUUCCAGCCCACCUAUACAGUAAAACUGGGCACCUUGGCGCGAGACGGUCUGACCAUGAAGGGUGACGCUGCGACCAACGAGAAGUUCUGGCAGGAGUGGGUGCCAAAUCAAAUGCAGAAGUUGGAUGCCCUUUUGAAAGAGGACAAGUUUACGUCCAGUGGCAAGACUGUGGGUGAGCUGUACCUGUGGUCCAUGCUGCACCAGAUGAAACUCUGCCGGCCCAGCCUCUUCGAAAAAACGCCCCAGCUGGAGCAGUUUUAUGGUCGCCUGGAGAAAGAUCCCAAGGUGCAAAAGGUAGUCUCUGGCAGCUCAUCCUUCGGCGAACUUCAGCAGUACUUCGUAAAUCCGGAGUGA